ACUGCUCCUUCUGACCUAGUAACUAUCUCCCUGCAAGCACUAGUCAGCUUGCUUGCUUGUGCGUCGCUCCUAGUUUUGAUCACUGGGUUAGUGUGGACAGCCAUGGCUUCCAUUGCCGCUGCCUCUGCGACCUUGUCGUCGCUGCAAAUCGCCAGCAAGUCGACGGUUAGGGCUUCAGUCGCUUCCAGGGGUCUUGCGACUGAGCUGACAUGUGCUCGGGGGUUCGGGUGCGAGAGUGUCCACGUGUCCGCUAGCGGCUCCGAGUUCGCGCGUGGCGAUGCUCUUUUCGGCGGCUGCGCGCAGGAGUUUGAACAAAGCAGCAACGUCGUUGUCAUGGCAGUGCCGAAGAAGCGGACCUCGCGGACAAAGACCAAGGUCCGCCGGGCUGUGUGGAAGGCUCAGGCUCGGGACGAGGCUCUGAAGGCGCUGUCGCUUGCCAAGUCAGUGCUUACAGGCCGCUCUAAGAGCUUCAUCUAUGUGCAAAACGAGAAGAAGAAUGCUGCUGAGGAGGAGGGCACUGAUGAGGCUGCCUCUGAGUAAAUACAGUGGCUUGGAAAAGGGUCAAUUUUCAUGUUCUGAUCACACUAUAGAUCCCACAUGAACGUUCAAUAUUACCAUGACCUUGGCCUACAGAAACAUGACCUUGUGCAGUGCACACCCCCUGGAUCGAUCCUAGGAAAGUAGGGUGGUUUUCUCAUGCAAUGAAGUCAGUAU